GGACGCGCGCGCUCACGCGGCGUGUUUACCGGGUGGAGUUUGAUCGAGCGCAUGUAGGCUGUCACGCUGUCCGGAACAGAACGCAGAGUGAAGAAGAGCCGCUACGAGGACAAUGUUUGACUUGAGGUCGGUGCGUCGAUCAGUUCACAGACAUGUCCACCACUGAAAGUCCCACUCGUCCCUCCUCACAGCUGACUCCGGAUCAGUUCAUCGUGGUCGCUGCUUCUUUUUCUUCUCUGGCGUUCUUCGUGGUCAUUGUGGUGCUGGUGUCCAUUGUUUACCGCAAAGAUCCCCAGUGCUGCAGACUGGGCUCCUAUCAGGGAUCACAUGGAGAUAUGGAUGCUCCUCUUCAGUACUACAGCAGCAGACAAACUCUGGUGGCAUCACCCGGUUUUGAGCAAAGUGCGACUGUAGAUGACGGCACUCAGCCGGCUGGUCAGCUCUUCUACGUUGGCGUGCCCUCAAGCUACAGUCUGCCAGCGCUGGAGGCCCCCCUGCCGAGGCUCCCCACCUAUGAGAGUGUACGAAAAAAGGACAGACAGAGGCAGAUCCACAUGAUGAUUGCAGACCGCUUUGGUCUCAAUGGACCCAGUAUAAAUGAGCCACCCCCAACAUAUGAAGAGAGCAUCCGCCAGUCGCUGGAGCUGCCUUACAACAUCUUCUCAUCCAGCUUGGACAUCUCAACCCCUCAGAGUAACUCCACCGACACGCAAAAUGAGACACCACAUCAAGGCUCCGCCAACCCUGGUACCAACAGCACUGCUCAGCCUGUGUGACACCGAGCAAGAAGCUCAGCUGACUGUGAAAGGAAUGAAGUUAUAGAUUGAUCAAAGCUGGCUCAUUCACUUCUGCACAAGCUGUUUGGAGACACUGACGAGCAACCAAAGAAGAGCUCCACGCCUCGCAGGACUGGAUACAUUUGGCUGAAUGUUGCAACACUUUGUGACACGGUUUAUCGUCAAGCGUGCUGAUUUUCUAUACUGAUGGUUUUCAUGAUUUUAUACUGGUGCAGAAUGUUCCUAAUAACUGAGGUGGCCGGUACAUCAUCAAGAAGACAGGGAAAAGGGAGUACAGCAUGAUCCAAAUGGAAACACAACACCAAAAAUGGAAGUGAUACUUUCAAGUUGGAUCGAAGUACUUUAUGUGAACUUUGCUCUCUUGUUCUGCUGUUCAGGUUACAGGAAGCUCUUUGUCUGGUUUGCACAGCAUCAAAGACCUGUUUUAUUACAAAUUAAAAUCAUGCAGAGCAUGCAUCGAAAACAGAAAAAUGAGUUUUUAUGUUAUGUGAUCACAGCUUGUAUUUUAGUUUUGAAUAUUUCGGCAGUGGCUUCUCACAUUUUUGGAAAACAUUUUAUUUCAGUCUUGUGUCUCUAAAAUGCUGUGAGGUUUUGUGCACAGCAAAGCUGAGUGAAUGUAAAGUGGGAAAAACUGGACACAUUCCAACCUCCUUUUCAUGAUCUGUUGUGUUUUUCCUUUAUCACAAGAUUACAUUUUGUUGCCUCCCAUGUCAGCAUGCCAAAUUCUUGUCCUGUAGGUUGCCACAUCCUAUGUUUAUUUCAUUAAAAUGAUUCUUCAAUACUGUUGUAGAGAGGAUGACUUCUAACCACCACGUGGUGGUUAGAGGUCAUAUGGAGGUUAGAGUGUGUGCAUGUGAAAGUGACAAGAAUAAGAAUGAAGACUUUUAUGCAGUUAUUUUCUACUGUAUGUGCAAUUUGUUGAUAUUCAUCCAUUCCUGUAUUUAAGGUCUGCAAAACAUGAAAAAAGUUGGGAUGGGGCAAGUUAUUCUAAGUAUAAAGAUUAAGUCGUCACUUUUACAGCCAGUUUCUUGAGAGAAAUCAGGGACGGAUACAUGCACAUUUGCACAUCACUGAUUUAUGUAUUGGGCUUCAUUUGUCCAUCAAUCAUUAAGAAAUACAAACAGUAUGUUGUGGGAAAGAGACAAGUAGAGAAGCUACCAAGACACCCAAACAACUCUGAAGGAGAUACGAGUAUAGGCUACUGUGGUUCUUGUUGGAGAAACUGUGUAGAAUUCAGCUUUUUCUGUUGCAUUACCAGUUAUGCAGCUUCAUAAUGAAGUGGUAGAGGAGGAUUUUCCAAAAAAAAAAAAAAAAAAAAAAAAAGAACAUACAAAACUUCAGCUGCA